AAUUUUCUCAAGUGGUGUUUAUAAGCAUAUUUACAAAAAUAUUAUCAUCAAACAAUAAUGAAGCAAGAAUCACAGCCAAAAAUUUUAUAUAGUAGAGCAUUGCAAGGUUCAAUGUCGAAAACAACAACAACAACAACAUCAUCAUCAACACCGACAACAACAAUAACAACAUCUAAUAAUAAUAAUAUGAAUACAAUGAGUAGUAAUAUAAAUCAACAAAUGAAAACAGUCGGAUCAUCAUCAUCAUCAUCAAUAACAUCACAACAAACAUCGAUUCAGGCAAAUUCAAUGAAUGGGCCAAAUAUAUCUUCAUCAUUUCAUCAACAACAACAACAACAAUUAACUCAUUUGAAUAAUAAUAAUAAACAAAUGAGUUCAAGUGGUGGUGGUGGUGGUAAUAUUAGUAGUAAUGUUGUUGUUGGAAUUAGUGGUAAUGGCCGAACAAUAUUACCAAAUUCUUCACAACAACAAACAGGCAUGCCAUUCCGCAUGUAUAAUAAAAAUUGCCAACAACAAACAUCAAAUAAUAAUUAUUCGAUACGCCAUGCACAGCCUUAUCAUAAUUCAUCCCGAAUUUCAUCACAACAACAACAACAAAGUACAACAUCGUCUUCCGUUUCACCAUCAACAACAUCAUCAGUAUCAGCUGUAGCUAAUGUUGCUACAGGUGCUGUUACUGCUGCUGCUGCUGUUGCUACUUCUAAUGUUGCUGGAACCGGAAAUCAAAUGGUACAAACAAAUAAUAAACUAUCAACAAACAAUGGAUCAUCUACCUCGAUAAAUGCUCCAUCGAUUAAUAGUGGAAAUAAUAUUGGUACAACAAGUGGAAAUAACAAUAACAACAACAAUAAUAAUAAUUGUAGUUUGUCCAUGAAUUCAUCAACAAACAUAAAUACACAAAAUGGAACGUCAACAUCGAUAUUGUCGUCAGAUAAAUCGGAUUCAUCAACAUUGACAACAACAAUUAGUAAAACAAAUUUAUAUAUUCGUGGAUUGACGCCCAACACUACUGACAAAGAUCUUCAAUUACUUUGCCAACCUUAUGGUAAUAUUGUCUCGACAAAAGCCAUUCUAGAUAAGGAAACCAACAAAUGCAAAGGUUAUGGUUUCGUUGAUUUUGACAAUCCUGGCUCUGCCGAACAAGCGGUCAAAAGUUUAAUUUCACAAGGUGUUCAAGCACAAAUGGCGAAAUGUACCGAUACAAAUAGAAACAAAAUAAUGCAGCAAAAGAUUCUUCAACAAGAACAUGAUCCAACAAAUUUAUAUAUUGCAAAUCUACCGAUGACAAUGGCCGAAGCAGAUUUGGAAGCAAUGCUUUCAUUAUAUGGUAAUGUUAUAUCAACACGUAUUCUAAAAGAUUCGAAUGGUACACCACGUGGUGUAGGAUUUGCUCGAAUGGAAAGUAAAGAAAAAUGUGAAAGUAUCAUCAACAUUUUGCAUGGAAAAUUAUUACCUGGCAGUAAGGAUACAUUGUUGGUAAAAUUUGCUGAUGGUGGUAAUAAAAAGAAAAAUCAUUAUAAAAAUGAAAGCCGUUAUCGUAGCGAGGUUGAUCAACUUCAGAUGGGAUUCGAUUCAACAAAUUUGACUACGAACGGUGGUGUAACAGCCAUGUUACCAUCACCAAUGAGCGCUACUUCGUAUCAAAGAUUUUCAUCACCAUACCAGAAUCCAAUGCAAGCAAAUCCAUGGCUGCAUCAUCAGGCACCACAACCACAAUAUAUAAUGCAACCACAAUUAAUGGAUCCGAAUGCUACAGCGCUUCAAUUUUCGCCCGCAUUGAUGCAUCAAUUGACCGCACAAAUGUCGCACAUACAAUUAGGUGGUGUUUCAGGAACGGCCGGGGUAUGUAAAAUCAAAUUCAAUGUUGGAAAACUCAUUUCAUUUUUUUUUCAUCAUUAGUAUCAUUUACCGGGCAAUCCACAUCCAUAUGGAACACAACUUUAUACACCACAGUUGAUACCAACAAUGCCCAUGACUGGUGUUGCUGGAGAUCAACAAGAUCAAAUGAAUCCAUCCCAAUCAGUGAGCAGUGGAAGUAUUUCGGGUGAAGAUGCACAACAACAACAACAACAACAAGCAAAUCAACAACAAGUAACAGCACAACAAGCACCACCACCAAAUUUUCAAUUAUGUUAUGGUCAACAAAAAUAAGAGAAAUAAUGAUGAUUUUUUUUCAAGAACAUUUUCUAUCAUCACCAUCA